AUGCCAAACAAAACCAAGAUUCAUAAUUAUAUGAGACCAGCUAUGGCUAUCAUUCCAGAUGUAGCUGAGCCAGAACGAAGAGUAUAAUAUUAAAUACGAAAUUUAGAUUUUAUUCAAAUAUAGAGCACUAUGGACAGCAAUAGCAACAUUGCUGUAUUUGAUUUGUUCAUAGAUCCCACUUUAUGGAAUUUACAAAUCAUCUGCUGGCGAUCCAUUUUAUUGGAUGAGAGUCAUCUUGGCAUCAAAUAGAGGUACUUUAAUGGAAUUGGGUAUUUCACCAAUGGUGACAGCAUCUAUGAUUAUGUAACUAUUGGCUGGUGCCAAAUUGAUUGACGUUGAUUAGAAUGUAAAGGAAGACAAAUAACUGUAUUCUGGAGCAUAAAAAUGUAUAAAUUAAUAAUUGAUAUUCUAGUGUUGGGAAUUCUUAUCGCUUUUGGAGAAGCCUUUGCAUAUGUCUGGUCAGGAAUGUAUGGAGAUUUGGAUAAAUUGGGUGCAGGAAAUGCAAUUCUAAUUAUAAUAUAGUUGGUAUUUUCAGCAAUUGUCAUGAUUAUGAUUGAUGAAUUAUUAUCAAAAGGAUAUGGAAUUGGAAACUCAGGAACCUCCUUAUUUAUAGCUAUAAAUAUCUGUGAAAACAUUAUGUGGAAAGCAUUUUCACCAAUUACUCAUAAAACUGAAUUGGGAUUAGAAUACGAAGGAGCCAUCAUUGCAUUAUUACAUGGAUUGUUUGUAUAGAGUGACAAAAUCAGUGCACUUCAAUCAGCUAUAUUGAGAGAUUCAUUACCAAACCUAACUCAUUUGUUGGCAACAGUAUUGGUGUUUUUGAUUGUCAUCUACUUCUAAGGAUUCAAAGUCGAUAUCCCAAUCAAAAAUAAUAAAGUCAGAGGAGGAUUAACAUCAUACCCUAUCAAAUUGUUUUAUACCUCCAACAUUCCAAUCAUCCUCUAAACUGCAUUAGUUUCAAACCUCUAUUUCCUUUCAUAAAUUCUCUACAGAAACUUCAAGGGCAACUUCUUGAUCAGAUUAUUGGGUUAUUAUCAAGAAUUAGAGAAUGGAUAGACUGUUCCAAUUGGAGGAUUAGUGUAUUAUGUGUCACCUCCAAGAUCAAUUUCAGAAGCUAUCUUCGAUCCAAUCCACACCAUCCUCUAUACUGCAUUCAUUCUUGGAACCUGUGCAGUGUUCUCAAAAACUUGGAUUGAUGUAUCAGGAUCAUCACCAAAAGAUGUAUAGCUUUUUAAAUAUAUUCUUAGGUUGCCAAAUAAUUGAAGGAACAAGACAUGCAAAUUGUCGGUUACAGAGAUUCAUCCAUGAAAGAUGUCUUAAAGAGAUACAUCCCAAUUGCUGCUUCUUUUGGAGGUAUGUGCAUUGGUGCUUUGACCAUCCUUGCUGAUUUCUUGGGUGCCAUCGGUUCAGGUAUGAAUUUAUGUUAAUUUCCAAAGGAACUGGUAUUUUGUUGAGUGUUACAAUCAUCUAUGGCUACUUUGAAACCUUAAAGAAGGAAAAAGAAUAGGGUACAUUAGAGUUGUUUUGAUAUAAUUAAAUAUUUUUUUAAAGUACAUAACAUCUAUGACGC